AUGAGUGACUACUACACUGACGAGGAGGAUUUCAACAUCCAUGUCCGCCGUCAGGGACACUCCCCUGACAGAUUCCGCUAUGCAUCUCGACCACAGUAUCUUUAUCCUGAACAGCGCACCACAGUUAUCGCACGCAGCCGUUCUCGCGACCGCUCACGCGAUGCCCGCAGUGGUCCUGCUCCACUCAUCAUCAAUAACAACAUUGAACGAGACCACUCAGACUCAUCAGAUGACGGAAAGUAUCGCCGGCGCCAUAGUCGCAGCCGUCGACGACGACGAUCGUCUUCCGCCUCGUACCGUUCCCGCUCUCGCUCUCGCUCUCGCAACCGAAAUGGUGAAAUGAUCAGUCGAGCUGAGUGGGAAGCCGAAGAAGCUCGUAAACAACUUGAGCAGUUGCGCAUUGCUAGAGAACGUGAUGAGGAAGAACGCCGACUUACUCGAGAACUUCGAGAAGAUGCCGAGCUUCGACGAACUCGUCGAGAGCUUGAUACUGUAAAGCGUCGUGAAUCGCAGGCCGCCAUGGAAAAGCGCAUCAAAGAAGAGCUUGAACUUGAGCACUUACAGAAAGAAAAGAAAGCAAAGGCGGAGAAGGAACGGCGCGAGCGAGAGGCAAAGGAGGCUGUCGAGCUCUAUAAGCUGGAGGAAACUAACCGUAUCGCACUGGAAAAGAAGCGAAAGGAGGACGCUGAGAAGGCGUACAAGACUCGGCUCGAGGAAGAUCUUAUCAAAGCUGGCCUUGACGAACGAUACAGAAAGGCUAUUCUGAAUGAUGAGCCAAUUGUAGCCCCCCUGAGACCAGGAGAAAGACCAACAUAUACCCGCAUGUUGAGGAAACAUCUGUCUAUCGAGACCUUGCAGGCUUUCCACGUAGAGUAUGACAUGGAUGCAUCUAGCGAUGAAUACGUCAUUGUCAAAAGAGUUGUCCCAGAAUGGGAACGCAAGCAGCUCUGGAAGCAUACCAAAUAUAUCCGCGAACGCCGCCUGCUAGUUAUCGAAGGCAAGAAGCAUCGCCAUCACAAGUCUGAUAUUGAACUGGUAGUACGAAAGACAGAGAAACGCAGCAGAAGCAAGUCACCCUCUCCUUUGCUCAUGUACUUGGCUGGAGCGAGAUGA